AUGAACUUCGGAUUAAUAGGACUCGCCGUAUCUGUCGGGCUGCUGAUCCUGGUGGCUAAUAUCGGAGCACAACAGCAGAGUCUUUCGUGGGGAGGAUACUACCUAGACAAUGGCACCCACUAUCUGCUAUACGAGGGACCUAGGCCCAGACCAAAGCCGGCGCCGCUGCACUUACAACGCCAUCCCAAUUUUAAAAAUAUAUCCACAAAUCCAUUCAUCAACUCAGUGAGCACGCUCAAUGAAUUCCCCAACAGGAUUGUUGGCGGUCACAGGGUGAAUGUGUGCAAAGACUGUCCUUUUCUGUGCUCCGUCCACUACGAGGGAUACUUUGUAUGCGGAUGCACGCUCGUAUCUAGAAAGUGGUGCCUCACAGCCCACCACUGCAAAUUUGGAAAGGUCGGACUGUACUCGGUGCGGUGCGGAACGACUCAACAGAAGCGUUUCGGGCAGCUCCGCAAGAUACGGCUAAUCGUGGCCAAUGCAGGAUAUAACCCCAAUACUAUGACUCAUGAUCUAGCCAUGUUGAAGUUUAAGAAGCCCAUGAAGUAUACAAAGUGUGUGCAGAAGGUAUUGUUGCCCGCGCCCUCGUCCAAGCCAUUACCCAAUGUCCUUGAUAUCUGGGGUUGGGGCCUCACCUCGGCUAACGCCGUGAAUGUCCAGCGAUAUGCCCUUGGAGCACGAGUUAAGCGCGUGGAUCCCAAGGAAUGUAGAAAAGACUACGCAAGCGCUGGUGUGAAAAUAACGCCUGACAUGGUAUGCGCCAGAGCAUCAGGCAAGGAUACCUGCUCCGGCGACUCCGGCGGUCCAAUGACUCAUAAUGGUGUGCUAGUCGGAACCACCUCCUUCGGCAUCGGUUGUGCCCGUCCCAAUUAUCCGGGUGUUUAUGCCAAAACUAGAUCCCAUAUCGAAUGGAUCCUUAACGUAAUGCGUAAAUUUUAG